AUGGAAGGAGGAAGGUUGGUUCCUACAGUGGGAUUGCUACGGUUGAUGGUAAAGGGAGAGGGAGAGGUUGUCGAAGCAGAAUUUAAAAUUUCAAUGUAUUGCGAAGGAUGCGAAAAACAAAUUGCCAAGACCAUAUCCAAAAUCAAAGGGGUUGAAGAAUUUAUGACGGAUAUGAAUAAACAGAGAGUGGUAGUAAAGGGUCGAAUCAAUCCAGAUAAAGUGUUCAAGAAACUUAAGAAGAAGACUGGAAAGAAAGUAGAAAUGUUGACAAAAAAAGAAGAUGCUAAGAAGAAAUGUGAAGAAAAAGAAGGGGAUACACAAGCGAAGCCGAGUCCAAAGGAAAUAGCAGAUGCUUUGAUGCUUGAAUUUUGUGGAGAUAGUGUGUUGUAUACCAUGUUUAGCGAUGAGAAUGCAAAUGCAUGUUCAAUUAUGUAA